AUGGAGAAGAGUUUUGGACGAGACAAGGAAACUGGAUUCACUCAGAACUUUACCAAAUCGGAAUUUUUUGAGUCCUUUCAAAAAUACAUGGAUGAUCAGCGCAAUACCGCUGUCUCGGAAGAAGAUUUCCCAGUGCACAAUGACUCUACUUCCAAAUCAUCAUCAUCAAAGCCCUCUGGUGUUCUUCUAGAUGACAAGGAAAUUCACAUGCAGGGAAAUACCGAUGAUUCCGCCGAAGAUCCCGACAAUCAAGAUUUUUGUCUCAAGUGGCUCACAAGCAGAGCCAAAUGGGAAGUCAGCAAAAAGACUAGUCCAGCUGGACAGAUCAUGCAUCGUGUCAGGACACGGCUUGGAGCCAGGGAUCAUCAGUGCAAGAUUGCCAAACUCAUAAAGCGAGCCGGGAAUUUGGGUCUCAUCCCACAGUCGGUCAAUUUGUUGCGGAAGACAAUGGCGAUAUAUGAAUCUGGUAUCCAUGCUAUGAAGCCUUGGGAGGAGGAGCUGCAAAGGAGCGGGCUUAUCAUCACACCGAAGGAAAUCAAAAAUGAGAAAAGCGAAUGGUGA